GCACACUCUCAUGCAUAUUUGUCCACGUAUUAGUGAUUGUGGGUGAAUGAAAUGCAAAUGUGGGCGUGCACAAUUGUUGGACUGAUGGUGUUGGUGUGCACAAAUGAGGAGAGCCGGGCUCUGAGGCAUUGUGAGAGCCGAGAGCAGACAGAGUCCUGUUCUGCUGAUUACACAUCAGUGAAUUGAAGCAAGACAAGUGUGUAUUACACAGGAAUCUAUCAUUUGGAGGGCAUCUUCAAGACAGGUAUGUGCAACAGACUGACUGGCUGGAGGCCAAACAACCUGACUGCUCCAAACACUUCUACAUCAGCAGACCUGUCACCAUGGCAACAAGACCCACGGCCUGGCAGGAGCAGUGCCCUGUCAACUUACUUGACGAGUCGGUCAAUGAGUCUUGGGCGAGGGGUGACAACUUCCCUCUGAAAGGCUUAAAGGCACCCAAGGCAGAACCCGAGGAGGAUAUAGACACCCUGGAGCCUGAUGCUCAGGUCAAUACUCAGCGGGAGAAAGAGACUAUCUCAAAAAUCAAAACAGCUGAUGCGACUAAAAUGGAAAAUGAAGGAGCUGCGAGAAUAAGGGAGACAGAGGAAGCAGUGAUGGGAUCAGAGCAAGUUCCUAAAAACCUAUCGAGAGGACUAAAGACUCAAGAGGAACCUGAAGUUGAGUUAUGCGAGGAAGUUUUCCCGCCUACACCUUCCUUGGGUGCCUUAUCAGCAGGAGUACACCGUGACAAAGAGGGCUUUUCCAGCCCUGAGGGUGAGGUGGCAGAGUGUAUCAGUGAUGUUGAUGUCAUUUCAGACCCAACAGAAGACAUUACUUCUUUAGAAAGCCAGAGUAGUCGAGAAUGGUUAAAGGCAUCUCAGAUGACUGAACCAGCUGAUCAGAAGACAUAUAAACCAUCUGUAACAGAUGUAAUAAGUACCGGUAUAGUGGAAAAUAAUGUGUUACGACCUGCUCACCCUUCUUGCUCUGGCAUUAACAUUACAGAUGACGCGCAUACUGUGAGUUCCCCUCCUUUUGCAGAUGAAAGUGAGGAAGAAGAGGAAGUGGGCAUUGCUAUUAUGGAACUGAACACAUUAAAUAUCAACAGCAAGUCUUUCCAACCUUUAUAUUUAGCUUCCACUAAUCAAGAGACAGACUCAGCUUUGCAUGCAAAACCCUCAGAUAAACACCAGGAGGGGCUGUUGUUAAAGAACCAACGUGAACCUGCCCUCAGAGGUGUAAACCAGGAAGCAGGACAACAGGUGCCUGGCCAGGGAUCUCCACCUUUGUCGACCGUUGCCAUGGAGCCGUCCAAUCCAGGUGGGGCUGCUUCUGCUACAGGCUUUGCUUGCGUUGUUGCUGUGAGAGAAAGGCACAGCAGGGCGGGGGAAAGAACAGAGGGAGAAAAUGAGCAAACAGGUGGGGAGGAAGGGCAGAAAGAGAGCGGACUUAAAAGGAACAAGCCAGCUGGGCAGCAACACAGCGGGGGACUGUUGAGAUAUUCACAAACAGUCCAAAUACAAGAGCCGGAGAUAGAAAAAUAUAGCUGUGGUGUGUCUCUGAAGCACAGCAACCACACCAGGAUGGAGAAUGACUCAUGUGACGAUAGCCAGAGUGACAGUGGCGUAUCAGCUGAUUUCUCCCCGUCCAACACUUUGGAGAGCUCUCCAUCAACUGUAUCCAGAGAGACUCCCAUUGAGAGGGAGAUCCGAAGGGCUAUAGAGCGGGAACAUAGCCUGAGAAGAUCCAGAGGGCUUCCAAAUCUACGCAUCACUCCAGAGUAUGUAGAGGUUCCCUUAAGAAAAACUGUUCUUUCCAAUUCAGUAGCUGUGAAGACUGAGUGGUGUCAGGACAAAGAUAGAGAGUUUGCUGGCAAAAAGAUGCUGUAUGAGAUUCAAACGGAGACCCAGAGGGAGCAGGAUCUGGUCAAGCUUGGGAAAAUUCCAGGUUUUUAUGAUAAAGGCACAGUUCAACAAAUAAGGGAGAAGAAACAGAUCUAUGAGACCUUUCAGACACCCAGUGACUCAACUUUUACAGCCUCAACCAGUCGCAGGGCCCCAUCAGUUUCUUCUGUCAGCAAUGGUUCAACUCCCAAGAAGCAGGAAGACAUCUCAUCACAGGUAUCCACCACAGAAGACACACGUGUCGAGAAGAGACACAGUUUGGAUCUUCUUAGCCCGACACAGACCCCAAACUCUCCCAUAGGACGGAGUGUAACCAAAAACACUCUUCAAGGACCGGGUAUCUCACAGGGGACAAGUCGACAAGUCAUAAUCUUAGAGAACAACCUGAAGAACACAACACCGAAGAAACACCAAGACAAAUCAGAGGGUAUUACUGUUGUCGACUCUGGAAGUCCUUACAUCUUAUUGUCACAGAAAGGAGGGAAUGAAAAAGUAACAGAAAAAAGACAAGAAAAGGAGGAGGUGGAGGAUUUAGUACCCAAGGAGAACCCCUUUUUCAAGCUGCGCUCUUCAAAUAAUUUAGUGAAAGUGAAGGAGGAUAUCCAGGAGGCCCAGAAGAGGGAGAAGGAGCUUCGCAAGCAGAGGAUUAGUCUGUAUGGGGGCAGUGGUGGUGUUGGUGGUACACAAGGACAAGGAGGGGGAGAAAGAGAGGGAGGAAGGCCAGUCAGCAUGGAGUUAAAGAGUCCUGUGCUGUCAUUAAACGGACUGUCCGUUGCUGACGCACCUGGGUCAUCAUCCAAAGGAGAAACUGGACCCUCAGCAGCGCGCCUGUCAGUCAGCAAGUCAUUUGUGUGGCCCCCGGUCCAGGCUGAAGACGAGAAGAUUAACCGGCCAGAGCUCCCCCAGAGUCCUCGUACCCCUAGACAGAAGUCUCCUCUAGUGCUGCGCUGGGAAUCAGGUCUGAUCAAUGGACACAACAACAAGGACUUGGACUGAGAAAGGUCUUUUUACAGAGACCUGCAGAUGGGAAUAAGGAACAACGAUGAAGAGGAAGAAGGAGGGAACGUGGAGUGAGAAAGAGGUCAGGGAUUGAGGCUAGAAAAGGGGUCGGGAGUAUUGGGAGCAAGGAACAUGAUUUGUGGUGGACUAAAAAAAACCCUGAAGAGUCCUUCAGCAAAGAAGCGAUGUGAAUGGAGAACGUGGGGCACCUAUAAGUAGAUAAGCUCAUGGCCUGCUUCAGGUGCUGAAAACCCUUAAGACUAAUGAAUGUAAAAAGACAAUAAAAAUAAAAAUAAUAUGUAGGAGAAAAGAAGAAUUUAGGAGAUUUUCAAACAAUCAGGAACUCCUUCAUCUGUGGAUUUCUUAUGUUUUGAAAAAACAAUGUGUCAUCAAGAGUCUUAUGUGCUUAACAAUAUCUACAUAGAGGAAAUAAUUUAGUUUAUUACACAUGUAAACACCUUAUGCAAUCUGAUACAACAGCCAUGUAAUAAACCCUAUCUU